AGUUUGCUUUGCAUCGUCGUCGUGUAAUCAUUUCUCUAUGUUUUUAAAACGAGAGAAAAUUUCGAAAAAAAACUCCGAAAAUUAGUUUUGAAUUUAUAGAAAGGUGAGGUGAAAAAAUCGUUACUUUUGAAAGCGACGAAUGUUUGAGUUUUUGAGUGCAUCGUUUUUGUCUGAAGGAAUUAUUUGGCAAAUAUAUUGAACAGUUGAAUUUCAUAUAUUUCCGGUGUGUUGUUUGAAUAGUUUGAAACGAUAAUAUUACAUAAUAUUAGUCUAGCGUGUAAAAUGCAGCUCAUUUAAAUUGGUGAUUCAGCUAGCAUAAUUAUCUCAUCGCAUUAAAAUUCAAAAUGAUAGAUUUUGAAUAAAUUUUAAAUGAAAAACUGACGUUAAUCCGCAUGUAUUGGUGAAUGAGUAAAUGCUGAAAACCUGUGCAAGUGACUCAGAAAAAUUGUGAAAAUACAAUAUGGUUGCGAGAUAACCGAUUUGGAAUACGUGAAUCGCUUUCUUUUUUAUAUUUGUAUCUACAAUCAUUGUCGAUUUUCUGUCUGAAAAAAAAGAAAUGAAACGAUCUAGUAGGUCCAUCGCCUUUGCGAUGUCGUAGUUCUUAUAAUCGAAUAGGAAAUGCGAUUAGAAAUGUUCGACCAAACGAUUACGAUUGCUAUAUAAAUUUGAACAAGAGAAAAAAAAAAUCGGAGCAAUGUCCGAACAUAAAAAAAAUCAAUAUCGGAGUCGCAAUCAACCCUCUCCAAUUUAUUAUCAGCCACCAUCACCAUGGUCGCCAACACCACCUUUGUAUGAUGGACCACAAUACGCACAUCGUGCAACCGCCUUCAAUCCUUCUCAGCCAGGCAACGGAGCUCGAAACACGAUUGGAACAUUAAAUCCAAUGGCAUCCAAUUCACCAGUAUUUGGUGGAAGUUUACGGGGAACAAGGGGCUCACAUUUACAAAAUCCCAGAUCACCGACACCAAUGACAAGUUCGCAAUCACAACACUAUUAUAGGCCUAUUCAAUCACCGCUGACGGUGGGAUUUCCUGGGCCAAGACCUUAUAGGGCUCCGUCAUUUAGCCCAGUUCCUAUGCAACAUACUGUUCCAAUUGCUCAACCCGAAUAUUUAUACAAUCCAACUGUUCCAUUGCAACCACCGUCACCGUUUGAAUUAGCACCACGUUACGAAUAUGUUGGUGUCCCUCUAGAGCCACCACAACAGCAUGGGCAAUCAUAUGUGAUUUACGAUGGUGGUGAUGAAAAUACGCUUUCAACUGCUGAAAUUAUUGAAAGACAAUCACAAGAUUAUGUCGAUGAACAACUAGCGCAAUUUGAAAUGAUGACGAUUGCAAAAUUGCAAGAGGAACAAGAGCGCGUUCAGAAGAAAACAUUUGUGAACUGGAUCAAUUCAUAUUUAUCUAAGCGUAUUCCACCACUUCGAAUCGACGAUUUGAUUCACGAUCUACGAGAUGGCACUAAAUUACUGGCGUUAUUGGAAGUGUUGUCUGGUGAAAAACUGCCCAUGGAGAAAGGCAGAGUAUUGAGACGGCCCCAUUUCCUUAGUAAUGCGAACACGGCUUUACAGUUCUUAGCAAGUAAACGGAUCAAGCUAGUCAACAUAAAUCCAGCUGAUUUGGUGGAUGGGAGACCACCUGUCGUGCUGGGCCUUAUAUGGACCAUAAUUCUUUACUUCCAAAUUGAAGAAAAUAGCCGUGCUUUGGAAUAUUUAGGACAUGGAAUUAGUGGCUCGGUAAGUUCUUUGGACAGUGCCGCCGCUUCACCUGCGGUUGCAUCGAGCGACGUAAAAGCUGAAAAAUGGAAACAAGGUGCAAGGAAAACUCUUCUCAAUUGGGUAUCGAAUGCAUUGCCAAAGGAUAGUGGCAUAGAGGUACGUGAUUUUGGCCCAAGUUGGAGAGAUGGAGUAGCUUUCUUAGCAUUGAUUGAUUCGAUUAAAGCAAAUUUAAUAAAUUUGGCCGAAAUGCGAAAGUCAACGACCACAAAUAAACAACGUUUGAACACAGCAUUUGAUGUGGCGGAGAGUAAAUUAGGUAUUGCACGUUUACUUGAUGCCGACGACGUAGACGUUCCCAAACCAGAAGAGAAAAGUAUUAUGACUUAUGUUGCUCAGUUCUUACAUAAAUAUCCUGAACCUAAGGGUGUUUCACGCGAUGGAGCUACAACUUUACAGGAAGAAUAUGAUGAGUUUGUUCAUUGGUUGCGGUCACGAACUUCUCACUAUGAACAUCUUAUUCGAACUCAAAAAUUACCCAAUGUCUAUUCCGAUUAUCUAGCAGCCAAAUCAGAUGCUGAUGCGCAUGCAGGUCUGUUCAACAAGUUGAAAAAUUUGCUUACUACCCAUCAUAAUAUUGCUGCACUAACGCAAGCCUCAUGGGAGGAUAUCCACAAGUUGUGGAAUCAACAUCAAUUCCAAUUGCAAUACUGGCUAUGGCUAUUAGAUUCCAAUUUACCGGGUGACUUUGGUGUGGUUGGAAAAUGGUUGGCAGAUGCCGAAAAAUUGUUGUACCAUGAUGAGAUACCAACAUCGAUGAAUGAAGAGACAGCAGCAAUAAUAAGUAAAAAGCUUGAAGAACACAAAAGAUUCUUCAGCAACUACGAUCAAAUCAAAGAACUAUUCUUGCGUGCAAAACAAUCACCAUUGUCGGCCCCUAUACCGUCUGAUCAGCUGCGAAGCCUUGAACAACGCCUCCAUGAUAUCGGACCCAAAGCACAACAACGACGCUUGAAUUUGAAAUUUUUGGAACAUAAAUGCUGUAUAAUCGCAUUCUUGAAUCUGAUCGAGAACAAACUUCACUUGUGGAGUGGCAAAUUUGGGCGCGUGGACAGAUCAAAACAAAUGCUUCAACAUUACAAUGAUUUCGUUCAUAAGAACAUGGUCUUCGAAGAAUUUGCCAAGGCUUUUGUAGACAUGAAAUAUGUAGUUGAAGAGUGUAGACGUGAUGGCAACUUAACACGACAAGAUAAUUAUGAAGUAGAAAAAUUUAUGCGCGAUACUGAAGAGCGAUGGAAGCGUAUAUCACGUGACUUGAAAUGUUGUCAAAAUAUGCUGGAAGAAGUCGUGACCAAUUGGCACCGAUGGAAUGCCGGUGCAGAUGAAUUCGAAGGAUGGCUGUGCAGAGCUGAACAGAAAAUACGCACUUCGGAAGAUGAGCGAUUGGAAUUUUUCAAAGAUAUUAGCUUUUGGAAGGACAAACAUCAGGAAUUGCAUGAUAUAGCAAAUUUCCUUAUUGCAACAUGCGAGCCAGAAAUCGCCGGAGAGUUGCGCGAUAAAUUCCAUCAACUUUCACAUCGUUUCGAUAGCAUAUAUGCAAACACCAAGCAAUAUGUGAAUUCAAGUGAUAUCCUGCGAAAUAGACAGGAAUAUCGCCAGGGAACCGAAAAAUUGAAUUCGUGGUUGAGUAAGGCAGAGAAUCUAUUGACAAAGCAAGUUGUGUGUACAACGGCAUCGAUUGCAAGUCACAGUGCAAACCUUCAAACUUUGUCUACUGAAUUAGAUGAUGUUGAAGAAUUGUUCAAGCAAAUCAGCAAAAUGAUACAAUCACUGUUGCCUAAUAUGAGUCGCACUGAAGUUGAAACUAUGAUGAAUACGUUGAAACAGCAAAAAGAGCAACUUGUGCGUAUUCGAUCACAAAUUCCGAACAAACUACACCUUUUCCAUCAACUACAUACACAACAAGAUGCACUUGAGCAAGGACAAAAGGAGGUACAUAACUGGCUAAAUGAUGCCGAAACACUACUACAAACGCACUCACUUACUGCUGAUCGUGAUAAAUUACAAGAGCAAUUGGACCGACAUCGUGCAUUCUUUUCGCGAACACGUUACUACCAAUCAAUGGUUGAAAGCAAAAAUCAUGUUCUACAAAAUUUGCAUAAAUUGAAUUCAAAUGAAAAUGUGCUAGAUGUGUCCGAUACUCAACAGAAAAUGGAUCAAUUGAAUGAUCGUUUCAAUUACGUAACUCAAAAUGCACAGCAGUGGGAGCAACGUUUGCAAGAUGCCGAUGGCUGUUGGAAUGCAUUCAGAGAAGAUGAACGCAUCGUCGCCGAUUGGAUAUACAAAGCAGAAGUUUUUCUUACCGAGCGACAUAUUCAAUCCUCGAAAAUGAUUGAGGAACGUCAGAUAUUCUUUGAAAAUAUCAAUAAUGAUUGGAUGAAUAAUUUGCUAUCGAGUGGACAACAUUUACUGAAAACAAUACCCAUGGAAGAGCAACAAAAGGUUGUUGAAAAUGUUGAAGCUCUACAAAGACGAUGGGAAGAUGUCGUACAACGUGCGCCACAGCAUUUAAUCCAUUUGCAAUUUAAUUUGAAUGAAGAAAACUUUAACCAGACUAUCAAGGAUAUUGAGAAAGAAAUUCAAUUUGAACAACAAGCACUAAAUAGAAACGAAGAUAUUGAUUUGAUAUCGCAACGUCACAGUGAUUAUUUGACCAACAAGGGAACGAUCGGUCAAGCGGAAACUUGUUUCGAAAACAUGAAACGAAUGUCGGCAAAAUACGCUGACUGUAAACCCAAUGAUAAAAGUUUGGAAAAUAUUCUACAAAAUGCCAAUAUCAAAUGGUCGAACAUAACGAGUCGAAUUGAAGACUUGCAAAAGUUAUUACGACAAGUUCCAAUUCAAUGGGAAAAUUACCGUUCGAAAUUCGAUGCUAUGAACAACUGGAUGAACACUGUGGACAACACACUCAAGAGCAUCGUUAAGGAAGUGAAUACAUCCGAAGAGUUCGAAAAAGAGAGGCUUGUAUUUCAGAAAAUAUGUCAGGAUGCAGACGCAAAGCGAGAAGAUAUGAAAUGGCUGGUGAAAACACUUGAUUCUCUGUUACCGUACGCGAGUGAAACGGAGUCCAAAGAGGAACAACAAAAAUUAGAAGCAUUAAUUGGUCGAUACAAAACGUUGAUACCGACCAUUGAAAUCACCAUGGUAAAAACCGAAGUGUUUUCCAAAUGUUACACAUAUCGCAAAGAGGUGCAUGAAGUCGUGUGUCUAUUGGAAAAGGUUAAAGACCAAACUGUUUCAGCGGCACAGCCGGAAAGUUUGGACAACUUACGGCAAAUGAUUCAAGAGCAACAAUUUGCCAUUAAUCAAUUGGAUCAUCAAAGAACGCAUAUCAUGUCAAUGCUACAACGUGGUCGUGAUUUGAGUAAGGACGUCCACGCACCAUCAUUUAUGCCAAAUGAAAUUAAAAGUUUGGAAACUGGCUGGAAUGAUGCCUAUAAUGAAACUGCUGAUAAACUACGCGAGUUAAAGGGCACCGAGAAUGUUUGGAACGAAUUCGCAAAUCAGAAAACUCGUAUUAUACAUUUACUCGGAAAUGCUGAAACAGAAUUGAGAUCAAUCACACCUUUACAAACCGACCCACAAAAUGUAAGCUCGGACUUGAAGAAUAAGCGUGAAUUGAAUGUGGCAUUGCAGCAAGCAUCACGCCAAAUGAUUUCCAAUCUCCACGAUUUAUGCAAAGAGCUUACACCACUUACCGAUGUGACAAAGAAGCCGAUGAUCGAGAAAGAAGUGACGGAAUUGGAGAAACAGUUUUUCAACACAAUGGAACAUGUGAAAGAUCGUGUUAAUUAUUUGGAAGACUAUAAUUUCCGUUGGAAUAACUACAAAACACGGGUGGCAGAGUUACAAAAUUGGGCCCUAAACUCAGCUCCACAGCUGAUCGAAGCAGUCCAAUCGCAAGAAAUUUCCCCUGAAGAACGCGUCCUGAAAACUGAAGCACUCCAAGCGGUCAUUGCUGAGAAAAUGCGAGCAUUGGAUAUUUUAGCUAGUGACGCUUGCGAGCUAGCUCCAAAAGAAGGAAAUAUCUCUGAAGCUAAGCGGCUAAGAGGAGAAGUGUCAAAAUUGCAAGAGAUGUUGAGUUUAAUAAAUAGAAACGUAAAUCAUCAAGCAAUAACUACGAAAGAGGACCUAGCAAAUUGGCAAAAGUAUCAGACCGGUAUUCAAGAAAUAAAACCAUGGAUUGAACGUUCAGAGUCAAGGUUCAGUUUGGUCGCUGAGAAACCAGCUUCACUCCAUGAAGCGGUGACAUUGCAACAACAAGCACGACAAUUUGCAAGUCAAUGCGAACUUCAAAAGGAAAAGCUAAACGCUGUUGCAUCAUUCAACAAUUUGAUGACAUGCAGAACAAAUGCGCCCGACGAAUUGGACGCGGUCAAUUCGAGAUGGAGUUCGGUGCAUGACAAUGCAAAACAAGUUGCGAACAAGUUUGAUCGAUUAGUUGCGACCUGGCAGUCAUUUGAUAAUGACGCAGUCAAAUUGGAGGACUGGAUUGAAAAGAGUGAAAAUGCUUUAUUGACACGACCAGCGCUUGAGAAUACCCCUCACGUCGACAAACUGGAAAAAGAAUUGAUACAUUUGAAGACAUUCAACAACGAUAUUUCGGAGCAAUUGGCCAAAAUUGUGUCCUUGACACAGAGCUCUGAACACCUCGCAACGAAUUUGGCUCCGGAUGGACUAAAUGCUACGAAAGAACGUAUUGGUGCAUUGAGAGGAAGAGUAACGAAGCUAUCAGAAGGCAUUCGAGCUAAAAUAAAUGUCGUGUCUGAUGCCAUCAUCUCGCGACAAGACUUCAAUGCGCAAUCGGCUAAUUUCAGCACUUCGAUGGAACGGUUACGCAAUCAAGCCGCACAGAUUGAAGAUUUAGUCACUGAACGUGUGGAACCACAUCUUCAAAUUGUGCACAAUUUGUUACAAGAACACGGUGAUAUGAAGAAUUUAUUCAAUUCAAUCUAUGAAGAAGUGAAGAAUAUGACUCUCAACGCAAACCCGGAAGAAAGUCGAACUAUUAACGAUUCAUACACAGCCCUUGUGCUGAAUUACCAAAAUAUCGAGGACGAUUUGCAGCGGAAAAAGCAAGCACUACAGAAAUGGUCGGAAUUCUUGAGCUGGAAAAACGAUAUUGAAUCGAAUGCAAAUCACAUUAAACAGCAAUUGGACAAAUCAGCUGAUAAAACGAAUAAUUCCGAAGCGUUGGAAAAUAUUAUACAAGAAAUAACUGCCAACAUUGAUGUCAUUGGGCCGAAGAGAAUCGACGCAAACGAAAUCGAUAAUAAUCCAGCGAUUUAUUUGAAAGACGCCCAUACUGGAAAACCAAUGAAUACGCAACAAAUUAUCAAUGAUUUAGAGAACAAAUUCCAUAAUUUGUUGCUGAAAGCUCAAAAUCAGAUAGCUGCACUAAGUAAAAUUGAAGCUCAAAAGGGUAACUUCAUUCAAAUUGAAAAUAAUUUGGGGAAAUACUUGUUGGGUGUUAGAUCGAAUUUGGACAAUAUCGUUGCUCGUUCACCGGCCGACAACAUCGAACAAAAUAUCGCGGAUCUUAAUGGACUUUAUGCCGAUCUGCAAAGCAAGACACCGUUAAAAGAGAAAAUGCAUGAUGAAGGAACGCAGUUAAUGCGAGAAGAUAUUUCGAGUAUGCCGGCAAUUCAAGAAUCUAUGCUAUUGUUAAAUAAGCGUUGGGAUGAGAUUCAAGCAGAUAUUGGAAAUCAAUUACAAAAAUAUUCUCUUGUCAAUCAGAAUUUACAAGAUUACUUGAAUUCAAAGAAGCGGUUCGAGGCAGAUAUUUCGAAAGCAGAAAAAUUGUACAAUACUACCGAACCAGCACCGAAAGGUGAACAACAGCUCAUUGAAACGUCUGUAAAAUCUAAGCAAGCUUUAGACCAAAUAAAGAAAUCCAAAGGAGCUCUCGAUGAUAUGGAACGUAAGGGUAUUCAACUCAUCAAAGUGCUGGACAACGCGCAAUCUGGCCACAUUGAUGAUGACAUAAAGGAAUCACACAGAAAAUGGCAACAGCUGCACGAUCAAAUUGCUCAAAAUGCAAAUCUUUUUGAAACAGAAGCAAUCAUUUGGAAUCAAAUCGAAGAAAUAAAAUCAGAAUUAGUUUUGUGGCUAGAUGACAUCAAUCAAUCCCUAAUCGAUGCUGCUAAUAAUACAUUAGAAAUCGAGUACAGUCCGAUUCGGUUAAGCAAAUACAAAACUGAGCUACCAACAUAUUCGAACAUGUAUUCAGAUAUCAAAGAGAAAAUAGCAGAACUGGUAAAAAUAAAUAAAGGAAUUGAAAUUCCCGCAUUGACCGAGCUAUCAAAUGCACUUGCUGACAAAUUUACAGAGGCCGAAAAUAAUGCAUUAAAUCUCGCCGAAGUUUCAUCCAACUUUGAAGAGCAAGAAAAAGAUUUGCGAUCUGCAGUGAAGAAUUGUGGUGAUGCAAUCAACAAAAUUCGGGAGGAUUUAAUCAAAUGCGAUGAUAUGUCGGGCGAAAAUACGGUGAUCGUCGAACGAUUAAUGCAAUGCCAAGAAUUGAAAGGACAGCUAAGUGAACAAGAAGGUGAACUGGAUAAUCUACGCAUGCGCAUAGAUGAAAUGAAGUUUACAUAUCCAACAUUUGCUGAAUCGAUUGUUCCAAAGGAAUUCAGUAACGUUCAGAAGCGUAUGGAUGUAAUUGCAACGCAUGCAAACAAAAUUGAAUCAUCGCUUUCACAGUUUUUGAAAAAAUUCCACUUGGAUAAGAUUGGAAUGCUAAAGCGAAUGAUCAGUGCACAAAAGGAAAAAAUUAUCUGGUGUGUUCCGGAACCCAGCAGCGACAAAUAUAAUCUGGAGGUGAAAAAAUCAUCGAUUGCUGAUGUACAGGCCGGCUUAGCUGAUUGCUUAGCCCGUAAAGCAGACAUAUCUGAUUCAAUUGAUGUUCUAAAUCGAAUUGAAUCGCCCGAAAAUUUUGAAAUGAUUAAACAUGACAUAGAUCGUUUCAAUAAUGACUUGAGUGAAAUACAACAGAAAUGUGUUGUUACGACAGCUGCGCUAGAUAAUAACAUUUCGCUUUGGAAUGAGUAUGAGCAACAGUUGGAAGCCGUCACAAAUUGGUUGAAGGAAAUCGAAGCCAAAGUGCGGAAUGAAUCGGCCGCUCAAAUCAAUUUGGCCAAUAUUGAUGACAAAUUGUCCGAACUGUGUGCCCUUGACCAAGAUAUCAACAUUCAAAAACCGGAAAUCAACAAAUUAGAAAUCAUAGCCGAAAAGAUAAUGCAGGCAAAUUUUGAGACAAGAGUUGGUCAAACUGUAAAUCAUAUUGCAACCAGAUAUAAGAGCGCCGUCAAGAGCGUAGCCACUUUAUUGGAUCGAGCGAAAACAGCAAAGCAAGCUACGAUCAACUUUGGCAAAAAUGAAAAUGCAUGUAAUGAUUGGAUCAAAAAUGCCCGAAUCUAUCUGAAUGAAUUGGCCCGAAUGGGAUCACCUGGAUCUGGGCCAACGCGUGAACAACUCAAUCUGAUCAAAGCGUUUGUUGGCAAUUUGUCCACCGGUCAAGCCCACGUUAACGAUUUAGUCAGUUCCGCCGAAACACUUUAUCCGAUGGUAACUCAUGAAGACCGUGAUAGCAUUCGAAAUCGAAGACAACAGCCGCGUGAAACUUUCGAUAAUAUUCACGAUGAGGCGAACUCACUUUUGUCUCAAGUUGAAUCCCUUUUGAUAAAAAAAACGUCAAUUGAAGAAAGUUUCUCACAAAUCAAACAGUGGCUAAACGAUGCAAAGAGUAAAAUCGGAACACAAAGUGAACUUUAUCCAAAUUUAAUCGAGAAAAAAUUGGCCCUCCAGAAAUUGCGUUCUCAGUUGCAAGAUAAUACUCUGCACAAAAGUGCGUUGAAACAACUGCAAGACAAAGCACAAUCGAUGGCUGACAUUGAAGCAAUCGAAAAAGUUGGUGACACGAUCAAAGAAUACGAUGUCUUGCAUCAAAAUUUGAGCCGCCGUGUUGCUGAUUGCGAGAGAAAUGUGACAAAUCAUGAAUCCUAUGACCAGAUAACUGAACGUGCCCAAGACUUUUUGAAGGGAUUGAAAAUACAAACUGCCGAUAUAUUUAACAAUGAUAACUCCUUUGACAAAGACACAUCCGAGCAUAAUUUAGAGAUUUUGAGCAACGUAAUCGGUGAGAAAAAUCAAGGCAAUAAAAUUAUCAACGCUUGCAAAAACCAACUUGAAAAGGUUUUAGUUGAAACGCAUCCCUCCGGGCAUCCGGCUCUGAUCAAUGCAUUCGAGAACAAUAAGCGCGAGUGGGACACCUACAUUGCUCAGUGUGAAGAAACACAGAAUAAGCUCAACGAUUUGCAUACCAAAUGGACAGCAGCUGAUUCAAGCAUUGAGCAAAUCGAAAAUUGGCUUAAACGUGUAGAAAAUAUACUAAAAGAUCAAAGUAUGAAGAGUACGUAUGAAACAAAACAAGCACACUUGAAUAAAUUGCAAAAAUUGAAUGAAGAAAUCGUUGCGAAAGAGCCCGAAUUUGCAUCAUUGUCAAAUAUGUGCAAAGAUAUUGAGGGUGAAUGUGACAUAAAUGGUCGUGUUUCUCGAAUUAUUACCCGUUAUCAAGCGCUCAAGAACCUAUACAAAGAGAGCAUUGGUAAAUAUGAACAGUACACGAAAAGCCACGGGGCAUUCAAUGAAGACUACGAUCAAUUUAGAAAUCAUUUACACGAAGCAAUCGAAAGUUUGAAUAAAAACAGUGGCAUUACUGGUGAUUUGCCUGUCUUGCAAGCUCGUCAGAAUGCUUUGCGAAAUAUAACCGAUCAGCGUACCAAUGAAGCAAUCACAUUUGAAGACAUUAUUGAUCGCGGAGAAAAACUGUAUGUUAAUACGAAUCCAGAGGGUCGAGAGCUCAUUCGUCAGCAGCUGCGAGGCCUUAGAGCUGAAUGGGAUAAAUUUAGCGAUGAUUUGAAUGCAGCCACUCAGAAAGUUGAACAAUGCUUGCUACAGUUCACUGAUUUUGCUGCUGGUCAAGAGCAGCUUACCAGAUGGCUUAAAGACGUUGAACAGGCAAUGCAAAAUCAUACGGAAUUGAAGACUACAUUGCAAGAAAAACGAGCACAGUUACAGAAUCAUAAACUGAUGAAUGAAGAUAUUCAAAAUCAUCGAUCAUUAGUUGACACUGUGUGUGAAAGAGCACAGUCGCUGGUUAAUGAGACGCAAGACGAAAAUUUGAAUUUAUACUUAAACUCCAUCAAACAGUUGUUUGAAAAUAUAGUCGAUAAAUCGCAGGAAUUGAUGUCCAAUUUAGAUGGUUGUGUCCAAUCACAUCAAAAUUACAAUAACCAAUUGGCACAUCUGAAAGAUUGGUUAAAUACAGAAAAGCAGCGAAUGACUGAAUGCGAAGAUACAUACGGUGAGAAAACAGAUUUAAAACGGAAAAUUGCCACACUGGAUCAACUUAAAUCCAACAAAAACGCUGGAGAGAAAUUCUUGGCCGAUUUAUUGGAUCAAAGUGAAAUAGUGAAAAAGUGUACAUCACCAAAAGGAGUUGAAACUAUUGACAAUGAAUUAAGAGAGCUUCAAGCUGAAUUCAAUAAUCAAUUUGAAGAUAUUGGCCGAAAUGAAGAAAAGUUACUGUCAAUCUUACAUCAAUGGGAUGAAUUUGAGUCGCAAUUAGAUGACUUGACUAAAUGGUGUCGAGCCAGUGAAGCUAUAUUCCGUGAUCAACAGCUUCAGUCUACUUUUGACGAAAAAGCCAAUCAAUUGGCUGCAUUCAAAGAGAAGAAAGAACAAAUUGCGGACAAGCAAAAGUCAGUUGAUUUGUUCACCGAUAAGGCCCAUGACAUUUUCAACAAUACGGGAGCCGAACGCCUGAAAUCUCUAACUUCCCAACUGUCCAACCGUUAUCAAUUGUUAGCCGUACUUAGCAAAGAUGUUGUCAACCGUUGGCAAGCUCUUUUAGAUGAUCAUCGAAAAUAUGAUGACAAACGGGCGGAAAUCGAUAAUUGGCUCAAACCACUUGAAAAUGAGAUGAAUUCAAUUCUAACGGCAUCUGUGCCAGAAGAGGUUGGCCCUAAAAUACUGGAGCAUCUGAUGAAUGAAAGUGGCAAUGCGGACACAUUAUUAUCAGCAUUAGAUGGAGCCGGUGAAAAGGCCCUGCAAGAAACAUCAACUAGUGGUAGAGAGAAAAUUCGCUCCGAUUUGCGUGCCGUUCACGACCGAUGGGACAAACUUAGCAAUGAAAUUCGUAAAUUGCAAAAGAAACAACAGACUCAAUCACAUCAACUUUCCGCUUAUCAGGAUUUGUUGCAACAAAUUUUAUUAUGGCUCAAAACCAACGAGGAUACUGUAUCACAUGAAAAUAUUAGUGGAUGGACAUCGAGCCAGGAAAUUCGUUCUAGACUCCUAAAAUACAAGACAAUCAACCAAGAUAUUUUAGCCCAUAAGAGAAUAAUGGAAACACUCAAUGACAAAGCGAACACUCUCAUGAACGAUAACAUACAAGCUGCUGUGAAUGAUGUCAAUAAGCGAUAUGAUGAUUUGUGCCAAGCUUGUAAUAGUCUGGUGUCGCGUCUGGAGGAAGCUUUGGAUGUGUAUCAAACGUUCAAUGAUAUGCAAAAACAGCAAUUGGACUACCAGAAGAUUUUAUGGGAUCGUCUAAAUAAUUACACAGACUAUUCUGGAAACAAGAUUACAAUUGAAGAGCGUUUAGGUAAAAUCGAAGAAAUCGAAAGAUCACUCGGUGAUGGCGAUCAAAAGUUAGCCGAUUUGAGUAGUCAUGUGGAACAAAAGACGGCAAUACUUUCACCACGCUGCAAGGAAGUUAUGGCCCGUGAUCUGAGUGGUCUUAAAGUAGAUUUUGAUAAAUUUAAAGGAACUUUGCAAGAUGUAAAGUUCAACUUGAGAAAUCGGCUUCAACAAUGGAGUGACUAUGAGAGUAAUUUGGAUAUUCUGAGCGAUUGGCUCACGCAAGCUGAGAAUGAACUGAAAAACUUUGUACUCAAAAAUACGUUGGAUGAGAAACAAGACCAAUUGGCCAAAUUCCAAAACUUACAUGCGAAUCUCAAUGAAAAAGAAACUGAACUUGACAAAGUAGCUGACGACUCGUCGGAUUUGAUACAAGAUAGUAGUGAAUCACGUAUUUCAAUGGAUGCACAGCAAAUAUCACUCCGCUUUCAAUCGGUCAAAAAUGCAACCAAAGAAAUAGUGAAGAGCUGCACAAAUGCCGUAUCGGAUCAUCAACAAUACAAUGAAAAAUAUAAGAAAUGCUCCGAUUGGCUAAUGUCUGCUGAGAAAAAUUAUGGCAAAUUUCUCAAUAUUGCACCAAACAGUUCACGAGACGAUCUCCUGCAUCAACAGAAGUCGAUUCAGGAACUCAUUAACCAGCAGAAUUCCGCAACUCUUCUAUUGAACAAUGUGAUUGAACUUGGAGAGAAGAUAUAUCCAACCACAGCGGUUGAGGGUCGUGAGGAAAUCAGAGAUCAAACUCAUGAGCUAUCACAGCUAUUGGAGAAGCUGUUUGAUAAAGUUCAUGCCAUAAAUCGUGCACUUCAAAGUAAACUUUCGAAAUGGACCGGUUUCCAAGAGUGUGCGGAAACAAUUGACGAUUGGUUGAAUAAUCUGAACAUUGAUGAAGCAAUGAUUCUAAAGGGAACUUUGGAUGAAAAACGUGGCCAAUUACUCGUGUAUCGCGAUCAAUUGAAUGAUGUUCUGUUCCACAAGUCUGACGUGCUGAAUUUAAAGGAUAUUGUCACCAAUAUGCCCGACAAAAAUGAAUUGGUUAAAAGCAAGUUUGACCAAAUUAUGUGCAAAUACAACCAUCUGAAUGAACUGGUACAGAAUUAUGUCGAACGGUAUGAAACAAUUGUUAGUGAUCACAGUUUGUACAGCAAAGCCGUUAAAGACUGUCAAGACUAUGUCGAAGCUACACACAAUACGGUUGAUUUAUGGGGAGACCUGGAGCUCGAGCGAGUAAUUUUACGAACAAAUUUGAAUCGACUAAAAAAUCUACAAGUCAAUUUGAAUGAUGAAAAGGCGCGCAUUGAGCAAAUUCGUAAGCUUGGCGAAAAAGUCGUCCCAAAUACCAUUGCAUCUGGUCAAGUGAACAUACAAAAUCAGAUCGAUUCAUCACAACAGGAAUGGGAAGGACUAAUUUCGCAAAUUCAUUCGACGAUCGAAGCGAUUGAAAGUAAACUUCAACAGUGGGAUGAUUUUGAGAAGUUGAAGGAUGAUUGCGUUAAUUGGAUUCGACUCACCGACAAUAAACUUCAUUCAAUCGACUUGAAGCCAAGUCUUGACGAGAAAAAGAGUCAACUGGAUGAACUAAGAACGUUGCAAGGGGAAAUCCGUGCAAAAGAAUUGGAAAUUGACAACGUAAGCGAGAAAGCCCAAUUAUUACACCGUGGUGGUGCUACUGCUGCAAAAUAUUCGCAAAUCACUGAUCUUACCCCGAAAUACCAACAAGUUUCGCAUAAAGUUAAAGAGUUGAAUGCACGAUGGGGACAGUUUGUGACCAGCCACCAAGAAUUCGAAAAUCAACUAGGCGAAUGUGCUGAGUGGUUUUUGGACAUUGACUCAAAAUUAGACUACUGUGCAGAUUUAAGUACAGCAUCUCAAAAAGAUCUCCAGGGUAAAUUAGAUGCGGUUCAAGACAUGUUGUUGCUGAAAGACGAAGGAUUUGCUAAGGUUCAAAGCAUUGUCGAAAUGGCUCAACCGGUUCUACUCACAACAGCGCCACAAGGUCAUGAGCCUAUAAAUAAAAAUCUCGCAAAACUUCAGAAUGAUUGGUCAACUUUGGCGUUGAAAAUGGUAGAAACCAAAUCGAUGCUUGAUCAAUCAAUCAACCAAUAUUCCGGGUUAAAAGAUCAAAUUAAAAACGUCCUCAAAUCCAUUGAUUGGAUCGAAAAAUCAAUGGCAGAUUUAUCUGAAUUCCAAACAACAAUGCCCGAAAAACGGUCGCAAUUGGAAAAUAUAAAGUCAAUGGAAGAAAAGGUUCGAUUGGAAAAAAUCGAAGUGGACGCCUUGAAAUCACAAGUUUCAGAAAUGCUAUCAUCCAAGCAACCAAAUCAAACUGCAUAUCAAGCUUUACAAACAUUGGAGAAAUUCGACAGUCUAGCUGAAGCAGCUAAGAAAAUGCUAAGAGAAAGUGAAUCGCAAUAUUGUGAUCAUCGAUUGUUUAUCGAAGCGAAGAAUGACCUAUUCGGAUGGAUAAAUAGGGCGCGUGAAAAAUUGCCUGGAGCGAAACCCCAAUCUCUUGCCGACAAAUUGUCUAUUGAAAAUUCGGUCGUCCCACUGGACGCUUUGCUCAAUAAAAAAGCGCAAGGAGAAUUGUUGGUCGAACACCUCAUCCAUACCGGUGAAGUUGUAAUGGCCAGUACAUCACCACAAGGCAAGGAAAUGAUUCGAAAUGAUAUCAAAUCAUUGCGUGAAUCGUUUGAGGGGCUAUUUAAGGAAAUCUUAAAUCAACGAAAUAAAUUGGAAGCAACAAUGGUGCAAUGGAGAGAAUUCAAGGAAGAAUUCGAUCGUAUUUCUGAAUGGCUGCAACAAAUUGAUAUCUUAGUAAAGAAUCAUAAAAUUGCACUGCAACCGAGCUUGAAUGAAAAACAAAAACAAGUAGCAAAUAUGCGAGAUAUUUUGAGCCGUCUAGAAAAAGGUCAAGUCGAUAUAGACAAAUUGAAGAAAUCAGCUGCUCCGUUACUAACUUCACAUCUGGACACAUAUGUAAAUAAUCAGCUCUCGACACUCACUUCACGUUAUCAAGUUCAGUCCAAUUUGGCCCGUGACAUCCUCAAGAAAGUAGAGAACAACUUUGAGCUGCACAAAGAGUACGAUAAACAUCAAGAAAACGCAAAGAAUUGGAUAGAAAAGGCAUGGACCACGAUCAGAAGCUGUAGCGAACCAUCAAAUAGCAAAGAAACUCUGCAACAAAGAUUGAACCAAAUACAAGAUUUAUUGGCACGACGUGAGGAAGGUCAAGCUUUAAUUCAUUCAGCAGUAAAUACUGGUGAGAAGGUCGUAAGAGGCACAAGAUCCGAUGGCCGUGAUGAUAUUAACAGCCAAAUAAAAGAAAUUCAAAGUGAAUGGGAGCGUUUGAUUAAGAAAAUGUCAACUGCCAAAGUUCAUUUGGAAACCAGUUUAUUGCAGUGGGCCGACUACAACUCAAGCUAUUCACAUCUUCAGCAAUGGAUAACUGAACGAGAGGCCAAAUUGCAGCAAGCAUGCGAACAGAAAGUAUCGAAAGCAAAGAGAGGUCAAGUUAAUUUGAGUUCAGGUUUGAAUGAAAGACGCGCCAAUUUGCGCCAAACAAAUAAUAUAGUGCAAGAUAUUGUUUCAUUCGAACCAAUGAUACAAUCCGUUACAUCAAAGGCUUCAGAUUUGAUGCAAGGAACACCAGCGUCUGAAAUCUCCAACAAAUACGAAACUCUGACCAAACAAGCGAAAGACUUGUAUGAAAAGCAAAAAGAAGAAAUUGACAAACAUCAGGCACUCAUUGAUGCUGAAAAUGAGUUUUCUCAAUGGCUUCGAAAUGCAAAGGAACGCCUAAGCAAAUGUGGUGAACCGACUGGUGAUAAGGAAAUUCUAUCAAGCAAACUAAGUCAAAUUACUGUGUUGGAAAAUGAGAUCCCUGAAGGAAGAAUCAAAUUGGAAAAAAUCUUUGAACAAGGUGAAAUCGCAUGCAACCUUUCAGAGCCUGAUGACAAAGAGAUCAUAGAAGAGGCCAUGGCAUUCCUACAAGAGGAAUUUGAUAAUUAUGUUGAUUCUGUAAAGCAAGGAAAAGAUCAAAUAAACAUAGCUCUAGUUAAAUGGAGUGAAUAUCAAGAUCAAUACAAAGAAGCGUUCAACUGGCUAACGAAAACGGAAGCUCUCGUACAAUCCUAUAACAAAUUACAGGAUAGUUUGGAGGGCAAAAAAGUGGUAUUAGAAGAAUUCCAAGGCCAAUUACAAGUAUUAUUUGAUUGGCAAAAGGAGUUAGAUCGAUUAAAUGUGCUAGCCCAAAAAUUGUUGGAAACAUGUGCUGAUGCACGAGUUAGCAAUCCAGUAACACAACUUACGACAAAAUAUAAUGCCUUAUUAUCUCUUGCAAAAGAAAUAAUGCGACGCUUAGAACUUUUCUACCAAGAACACCAUCAACAUCAUCAAAUGUACGAAGAGUGUCAACACUUCAUUGAAAAAACGCGUGAGAGGCUUGGCGAUUGUGAGGAAAUACCCAGCUCUCUAACCGAAAUUCAAAUAAAACUAAACACGGUAAAAUCCCUUCGACAAGGAUUUGAACAAGGUCAGAAUAAAUUGCGAUACGUAUUGGAGCUAAAAGAGAAGGUUGUUCUGAAUACAGAACCCAAUGGUGCGUCUAAAAUUCAAGAAGAUACCGAAAGCUUGAAAGAGGAUUUCGAAAAACUUCUAGUUGACAUCAACAAUGUGCGGCAACAGCUUAUGGCCCGUACAGCGAAAUUGGAAGAGCUCGCCCAACUGUUGAAGGUGAUUGUUGACUGGUUAAAUGAAAUCGAACCCAUCAUUGAUGGAUUUGACAAUACAUUGAAUGACCUGGGUGAUAAACGAUCAGCUCUGGAUAAGCUACGCAGUUUGCAACGUGACUUAAAUGGUUACAAUGAAAUGAUUGGAAAGAUUCAAAAAAAAGUAAACGAAGAUGGCAACCUAAGCCAAUCAGACUUUGCAACUGUACUAGAACGAUUCGAAAAUGCACAAGACCGAAUAAAUUCCAAGAUUGAAACUUUGGAGAACCAAGUUAAUAAUCAUGUGAAGUGUAAACAAGCCUUUGCUGAAAUUUAUGACUGGAUUCGCAAAGAGCGUUUGGAAAUACAACAAUGCUUUGACGCUCACGGUGAUCAUUCUGAGAUAUUACAAAAAUUAGAACAACUUGAGCGAGUAGAUCUCUCAAUGCCGGAAGGAAAAAUUUUGAUGGAAACUGCUAUUGAAUUGAGCCAAAAUGUUAUGUUGCUAACCGAUGAUGAAGGUCAAGACGUGAUCAAACAAGACGUUAAACAAUUGAAAAGCGAUUGGGAAGAACUGACCUCAAUGUUGACUAAAGCACACAACAAUUUAAAGCAUUGUAUUGCGGCAUGGGAUAAAUUUAACGGUAAAUUUGAUGCUGUCAAUACAUGGAUUAACUCGACUGCUGAUCACGUGAGGACCGAAAGUGAAGCCGAGAACAAAACACCAGACGAUCUUGCUCGAUGCAAGAAUAUCCUAGCUGAAAUUUCGGCAUACGGCGAUUCAAUUGAGGAACUAAAUGAUAUUUGCGAAAAUCUCGUAGAAAUUAGUGCUUUUUCGAAAGUUCGUGAUCAAACUGUUGAACCGCAAAUGAAAUAUUCCAAACUAUUGACCGAUGCUCAAGGUCUUGUAGGUAAAAUUGAAAAAGGUAUAACCGAUCACACAGACUUCCUUAAUUAUAAAAAAGAAAUGGACAAAUGGUUAGCAAACGCAAAUGAAACACUUGACGAAUGCGCCGGCAUUGGUGAUGAAAACGAAACCAGACAAAAACUACUAGCUAUAACGAAUUUAUCAAGCCGUUUGCCCGAAGGCAAACAAUUACUUAAUAUAGUUCAGGAAGCGUUUACAAAAGCAAUGAACUUAACCCCAGAAGAUAAACAGGAUGUGCUUCAAUCUAAUAUGGGUGAUUUGAAAAAAUCAUGGGCAAACUUAACAGACAAUAUCCAAAAUACUGUAGAUCUCUUAAAAUCUGCACUUAACAAAUGGGAAGACCAUCAAGAACAAGUGGCCAACUUUGAAAAGUGGUUGAGUUUUACGGAAGAUCAAUUGAACAUCCAACCAAAUACACAUGGCGAAUUGAGUGAAAUGAAAACUAUUCUUGAUGGAUUGAAAAAUUUGUCGAAAGAAAUCAAAGAAAAAGGCAAUGAUGAUCUUCAACGUCUACUGAGUGACACGCAUAAUGUAAACUCAUGGGCCAAAACUAGCAAUAAAAUUGAAGAAGUGAACAGUUUACAAUCUCGUUGGGAGAAGGUCAAUGCAGAAUGCGAUGAUCGUAUACAGAACCUUAGCACCGAAAUGAAUGACUACAAUGCAUAUUAUCAAAAGUUACAAGAUGCUGAAAAAUGGCUCUUACAAAUUUCGUUCCAAUUGAUGGCCAUUAAUUCGUUAUACAUUACAAAUCGUGAUCAAACCCAAGAGCAAAUUGAUCAACACGAGAUACUUAUGAUUGAAAUUCAAAAAUAUCAAUCAAAUAUCGAUGAUUUAAAGGCUAAGGGCUACAAUCAAAUUUUGCGUUAUGAGGACACUUCACCAAAAAUCAGAUCUGUCGUGGAAACGCAGUUGAAAAAUGUCCAAGACAGCUAUGACUCGUUAUUAAAUACAUCUGUUCAGAUUCGGAAUCGCCUCCAAGAGUCACUUGCCAAAUUCGAAGAGUACGAACACAUUCUCGACAGCAUUCAGAAGAAUCUAGAUGAGUAUGAAUCGGCUAUUGGUGAGUUGGAAGAACCUGCAACAACUUUGGAUAUGGCAAAGAAUCAACUGAAAUCUGGACAAACAUUGCACAACAAAUUACAAGCAGAGAAGUCUCGUCUGGCUGUUGCUGUAAAGGCUUGUGAAAGUGCAACAGCUAGUAUAAGCAGACCAUCAUCUCCGCUUGAGCCCCAUAUCCCGCAUAUUCCACAGAACGAAUUGCUUGUUCGUGCAAAAUUGGAAGAUUUGAUUGAUCAGAUUCAAUCGAUUGUGAGCGGUCUAUCCACAACCGUAAGUGAAUUAGACCAACUUCAGAAACAACGUGACGAACUACAAGAUUGGAUAAGAAAACAAGAGCAAAAUAUCGCCGAUUGGGCGUCUAAACCGAUUAAACUUCGCCCAGAAGCUUCGAAACUCGAAAUAAAUGAUAUGAAUAAUUUAUUAAAUGCUAUUGGUGACAAACGUGCUCAAUUGAUGACUGAAAUGAGCGGAUCAUUUGCAGACGAUGAUAACUCUGAUAUCGAACAGCAGCUAGAUAAAUUAGAGAAUGAUUUGAUGGAUGCAAUUGCUACGAAGUCUUCAGGCCAAAAUACCAUUGAAAGUUAUCGUCAAAGUGUUGCAGAUUUGAACACAUGCUUUGAAAAUAUGAUCAAGAAAAUUGAUGCAAUUGAUAUAGGAAGCGGUUUGAAUUGUGCACAGAAAAUGGAUGCAAUCGCCUCAAUUCAAAAUGAAUGUGAAGUUCAAGGAUUGAAAAAUCUCGAUGAUCUUAAGCAAAAUGCACAAAAAGUCACUGAAAUCAUAAAUAAUCUUGAUUCACAACAAGUUGAAGAGAAGCUUAAGUUGAGUGAUCGUAGAUACAAUGACAUAAUUAAGCGAAUUGCACGAAAAGCACAAAUGAUAGCUGCCACUAACAAAGGAAUUCAAUCUAUUCAGGGCGACAUUAAACAACUCAAUGGUUGGUUAUCACAACAAAUUACGAGCUUGAAAGAACCUCAAGCAGUCAGCACGGAUAGCAAUCUACUGAAUGUACAUUUGCAAAAACUUAAGGCCAUCUCUAAGGAUGCUGAUGUUAAGAAGGUACUGGCUGAUACGCUUGAGAGGCGUGUAACAAAUAUGCACAGUGACUUGGAACCAUUGGAAAAGUCACAAUUAGAAAAUGAUUUACGUGACAUAGAAGGUAAACAAAAGGAACUUUUGGAUCUAAUUUCAUCCGAAACUGAUGUGACAAACGCUGCACUUCAACGCAUCAAGACAUUUGAUACAGAUGUAGACAAGUUAAAGACAUGGCUACGAACAAAAUUGUCUGAUCUAAGAAAACAACGCAACACAAUUCCACUUCAAUCAAAAGUCGUUGAAAAUGAUGUUCAAACAGCUAAGAACAAUGAAGCUGAGAUCAUGAAGCUCGGAACGGAAUCAAUGAAUGAAAUCGAAAAAAUGGCACAUAAUAUAUUGAAGAAUUGUUCAAACGAAAAGCCUCUACAAGCAGUACUGGAAGGUUUGAAUAAUGAUUUUGCUGAGCUGAAAAAUGAGGCGGCUGCUCUAACAAAGCAACUCACUGAUGCGUUUGAAGUUCGCAAAGCGUUUGAAAAUGAUGUUUGCUUCUUAGAAGAUUGGUUUAGUGAAAUUGAAAUAAUUACACAAACCGAUAUCCAAAUCAAGAGUCUACCUAUCUUGGAAGAGAAAUUAUUGGAAUUUGAAAAACUAAAGAUGCAGAAAGAAAGUAUGCGAUCAAUUUUGAAUGGUUUGAACGAGCGCAGCAAAACAAUUUUGCCAACUUUGAACAAUCUCGAUAAGAUAAAACUUAAUGAACUACUUAAAACGCUAAAAGAUAAGUUUAACAAACCAACAAUAGCCGAUAAAAUCAAAACCAUCGAGGAUCAGAUCAAUAAAUACAAGAACUCUGCAGAAAGAUUGGCUCAUUGCAUCGAUAUUUUAAAUAAAAUUCAACAAGAAAUCGACGAUCUGAAAAAACCUAUCGGAAUCGAAGCUGAAGAUGUGAAAACCUUGAUUGGCACAUACGAACGCAUUUUGCGUGAACUCACUGACAACAAGAGCAAAAUAAGUGCAAUUCAAAUUGAAGAUUUACCAGAACUUUCCAACGCCCUGUCUCAACACAAUGAACUCAUUGCUUCAGUUGAAAAGCAAAUAGCAAAACUGAGACAAGCGCAAGCUCUUCGUGAGCAAUAUUCGGCCCUAAUUGACCAAAUUGAUUCAAUGAUCGAAUCAUAUAGCAUUCAGAUAGCUGAUAUAGAUAGAUCUAGCAAGCCUGUUGAAGAAAAACUCAAUCAAUAUGAUGAAGUAACGACAAAGAUUCAAGAAUAUGAAGGUAUUUUGGCCUCUCUACAAGACAAAGGCCAAAAAAUUGCUGCAGAAGGAACAAGUGCCGAUGGCAAUAAAAUUACUGAAAACAAUCAGCGCCUUAAGCAAAAACUCCAGAAUCUAUAUCAAGAAGUGAAGAAUCAACGUCAAAAGCACGAAAAUACAAUGGCUGAACAUAACAAACUUUCAUCGAAAUUGUCUGCAUUGCUUCUAUGGUUACACAAUAAUGAAGGUAUGUGUAAGUCGCGGCCACUUUUGGAACGUGAUCCGGAUUCAGUAGAACAUGAAACCACCAAACACGACCUAUUUGCUAAGGAAGUUCAAGAACGUCUAGACCAAGUGCAAAAGAUUGACGAACAAAUUGGAAUUGAUAGUGGUAUCCCAGUGUCGAUAAUAAAUAUGCUAUCGGAGGGAAGAUCUUUAAUCCAAACAUUACCAAAGGAGCUAUCUGACCGCCGAAAAUACUUAACGGAUAACAAAGAGCAUCGUAUCAAUUACAUUAAAUAUGUCAACGAUUUCAAACAAUGGAUACAUCAAGCAGAGUGCUUCUUUGAAAAUUGCAAGCAUGGUAUUGAUUUUAAGAACAUUGCGUCAGAUAUCGAUAAAUUCAAUUCGUUCUUUGAAAAUGAUCGCCCUGUGAAAGAACUUAUUGGGCAAACAAUUCAAGGAACGGUUGAUCAAAUAUGGCCAACAUUACAAACUAUCGAACAAAAUGACCUAUCAGAAGAAGUUCGUCAAUCUAAAAAACUACUUGAGAAAACAUUGAGUUCAGCGAAGCAACAAAGAGUGCAGUUUGAAAAACAUCAAAACGAUUGGGAUUCAUAUCAAGACAAUUUCAACAUACUUCGUAAUAUACUGGACAGUGUACGGAUCGAUUUAGAUGCUGCUGAUAGUUUGUCGAACAUUCAAACGAAUUUGAGAACUGUUUCAAACGUCCUUCUUGAUAUAAAGUCAAAACAAAAUAAAUUGGAAUCACUGAAUCAGCGUGCCCAAGAGUUGAUGAGAUUAGCCGAUUCUGUGAAUCAUUCACAAAUUGAUGACAAAAUCUCGGAAUUAAAUAACGAUUGGAAUAAAAAAUUAAACGAAUUGGAGAAUAACAUUGAAACCUUGAACGUGUUAUCCAGUCAUUGGCGAGAUUUUGAGAAACGCAUUGAAUUACUGGAGAAUCAACUGAACCGUUUGGAGGAGAAAAUAAGCAACACUGAUUUUGUCGUUAAAUCAAGACAACAUUUGUUGGACACGAAAGAUAUUUAUCGGGAUUUAUUGUCGGAGGUCGAGGAGCUGGAGGCGCCAUAUAACGAAAUCAUAUUAGCAUCGCAAUAUGUUUCGUCGUACUUUGAUGGAACGCUCCAAAAAUCAGCAUCACAAGCUAUAGAGAUUAAACUAAAUGAGCUCAAUAAACAAUAUAAUUCUUUGAAAACCGCAAUAUCAGAAAACAACAGUCAAGUAGAUAAGGAAUUGAAACACUUUGAUGAACUAUUGGAAACAAUUUCAAAUUUGCAUAACCAAAUCAGUUUGCUGAUAGAAAAGAUUACUGAUCUAUAUGUGUAUGGUGAAAAUCAAGACGCAAUUCAAACGGAUCUUGAUCAGCUUGAGCUGAGCAUUAAUAGAAUUAGCGACGACAGUCAUACACUUACGCAACAAAUACAAGAUUCGUACGGUAAACAACAGGGAUUCGUUCCGAUCGACAUAAGCCAGGAACUAAAGUCAUUGGAACUAAGUGCCGAAAACAUGAAAGGAGCCAUGGCUGAUAAAGAGAGGGAAUUCAAGAGAGCGAAAACAGUGCGUAGUGAAUAUCUUAAUGGCGUUGAUUACAUUCAAGUAUGGUUACAACAAGCCGAACUUCGCAUACAAGAUCGAACAUUAGAGCCCGUACGAUUCAAAGAAAUCAUAAAUGAUGUACAAAAGGAAUUAGCGACUAUUUUCGAAAAAUUAGACACCGUUAAACAAUGUGCGGUCAUAAUUGUGGAUAAUAGUCGAAGCGAUGAUGAAAGGAACCUUAUACGAAAUACCAUUGACCAAUUAGAAAAGCAAAUUGAACAAAUUCGUACGGACUUGGAGGAGAAGAAACACCAGUUGCACGAUUCGUUAGAUGCAUAUGCGAGAUUCAUGAAAUUGUAUGACUCUGUUAUGAAAUGGGCAGCUGAAAAGAGAAAAUUCAUUGCUAUAUCCCUAAACGUCACAACACUAUCCGAGGCCAGACAAAAAAUGAAUGAAUACAUGACUGCUGUACAAAGCAUUAAACCUAUUGGCAAGAGCCUUAGCGAAAUGGGAAAGGAAUUGGAAUCAAUUGUACAAGUGACAUCAUGCGAAGACUUACAUAACAAAAUAGUUGAAGCGGAAGAAGCGAAAGUUGAAAUUGAGGCAAUUUUAUUGAAACGCAACACAUUACUACAAGAAACAUUCGAAGAAUGGGAGCAAUGCGAAAGAAAACUCAAGGAUAUUCGAAUCUGGAUAGAUAAAAUAACUGGAACAAUUGAAUCAACUCAAUUCAAAAAGAAACCAUUGCGCGAUCAACAUGGGCUAUGUGAGAAGUAUUUAGCUGAAAUAAACGGACAAAAAACUAAAAUAACCCUUUCCGUGGAAAAACUACAAGUGCACUUCCGAUCUGGCAUAGGUGGCGACUCAAACAUUACUACAACCGCUUAUGAUAUUAUUGCGAAUUUAGAAAGCCUUGAAGCGCUCGUUAGAGAUAAGACUCAGAAUUUGGAAGCAUCUUUAUCACAAAUAGAUCAAUACCAAAAGCAAAUCCAAGAUCUACGUAAGCGCAUUCUCCAAGAAGAACAACAACUUCGACUUGUUAUGGCACCAACGUAUCUACCAAAUGAUCGAGAAAAAGCAGCCGCUGAUGAACAGAAGCAGGACAGAAUUUCCUUAGAGGUGGACAAAUUAUUGGAUUUGACGGCAACAACUGAAGAAAGUCUUGCUAAUCUACCUAGUGAUAGUCUAGAGCAAAUGCUAUCAUCACUUCAACUUAUCGUUUUGAAUUUGAGCCAACAAAAAAAGGAUAUAAACAUUCUUCAAGCAUCUGCAGCUGAAAGUUCUUGUGGAUCAGAUACCACAGAAAUAAUUACUCAGCUGAAGCAGAAAAUUUUAGAUUUGAUAUCAAGAUCCAAUAAUGGAAUAACAUUAAUAACAGAUACAAUACAGAAGCAGAUGCAACGCAGAGCAGAAAUUGAAAGCUAUCAUUUACUUUUGAUCGAAAUCGAGACUUGGUUAAGGGAUUUAAAUCUUAGCGAGGCACUCGUCUUAAACGAUGAUGAACCAAACACAAUUGAAAACAUCAAAAAAUGUCAAAGCGACGUUAAGGAAUUGGUGAGAAAGCAGAAAACAUUGGCAGCAAUCAAAGCCAAGUGUGACAGUUUAAGCGAAUACGAAGAUGUUAAGCCACUGACAAUGGCGCUAUCAGAACAAUUGGGUCGUACAAUUGAGGUCAUUCGCUUACAGUUAAUUCGAUCAAAUGAAAAAGUGCACAUGUUAGAAAUUCGUUUGAUUGAACUACGUAAACCAACAACACCAACUCCAUCCGAAGAUACAUUAGAUUCAAGCAUUUCAAUGCCCGAACAUAUUGAACCACUUCAAUUGCAGCAACGUGCCAAUGAAGUAGAAACUCAGACUAGUGAAAGUUUGCAGAUUUUACCGAAAAAUGUCAUUACGGCUGAAAGUUCUGCACAGACUAACAAAGAUUUGAAAUCAACCGAAAAUAUUUGUGUAACGCAGACACAAUCGGAAGGACACGAAACGAUAAAAAUUUCAUCAGCACCCAAUCCAUGUACUGGUUCAGAAUACGCAGAAGACGUUUUCGUUGAUGCCAGGUACAAGCAACCAAACGAAGAACAAAAUAAAUCAACCGAACUGAUCCUACGCAACGUGCCACAAACGUCAUUUGAAACAAUAUUUGUGGAACCAGAUAAUACCACUACAGAAGUUGUAGUUGAUGCUGAUGGAAGAAAGCAAAUCAUUGUACGAAAAGUGAUGAGAACAACUAUCCAACAUCAACAAGUUAUUGAACAAAAGCAGCAACUUACAAAGAUAUCCUCUGUAGUUGGCCCAGAUAAUGAACCCAUUGAACAGAAUGUAUCUCAAACAAGUACAGAAAAUCAAUCAAUAAUAAGUAGCAUUUCCGAUGACGACGGAUCCAAAACCACAAAAAUAACCCAAUCCAAGAUUUCGCAUGCUGUUGGCGAAUCACCAGAUAAAUUGGUUGUACAAGCGGUGCUUGACAACCCGAUAAUCACUGAAAAAGUCAUUACCUCAAAUCUACCUCAACAGCUGCAAGUUCCACUUGAUUUGACUAGCAAUACCCAGUUCCAGCAAUCUUGUGUUCAAACGGUAACACAUCACCUAACGCAGCGUAUUAUUCGUCGUAAGAAGAAAAUCAUUCGCCGUGUGACGGUCAUUGAUGGUAAAGAACAUGUAACGGAGGAGGUGAUAGAAGAACCAGAAGAAGUUGAAAUUACUGAAGACCACGCCCCAGGUGUGAAUAUAAAUGUUGAAUUUUCUAAUGUUCCGGACACCCGAUCGCCAAUCAUUGAAAUGCCUCCAGAUGAACAGAGUGUGCAGCUGGAAGAGAAACAAAUCGUAAACGAACCGGUGAUCAUAAGCGAUAGUAAAACAACUGACAAACAAAACAAGGGUAAAAAAGUACGUGCGUCUAAAAAGGUUAAAGAUGAAGAAAAUUCACAGGUAUUCUCAGCUUUUGAACAACCUGCACCAGUAGAUUUGGUUGACAAUACACAAGUAGUUGCUGAUUUGUCCAUCACGACUGUAGGUGAUGUAAACUUGGUUAAACUUCCAGCAAAAACGAUUGAAAUCAAUUCCAACUCAAAAUUGAAGCACGACAAAUUGGAUGACGAUAUUCAAAAGGCGGAGAUACAGAAUGAAGAAAUUAUUGAAGAUAUCGAUGAAAUAUGGCCAAAGUAUGAGCCAUCGCAAAUUACAUUGUCAGUUCACAAAUACCCCCACGUUACCGCCCUAUCAAAAGAUUUAGAGCCAUCACCUCAUGAUUCCCUUCCAUCUAAAGACAUGUGGCCAACCAAUGAAAAAACAGGUCAUGAUAUAACGUUAGAAACAUACGAAUUUGAACAACAGCUAUUACCAUCUACUAAAACAGUCAGUGAUAGAACUGAGGCCGACAUUUCACACGAAGAAGAAAGUGAGUGUUCACGACAACAAAUUGAAGCCGAACGUGAGCUUCAAGCCUCUCCACCAAAAAUAGAGUAUGUAUCCUCGGAAGAAGCUGAGUUAAGUCAGGAAUCACAACACUCCAUUGCUGAGGAACCAUCUCAAAAGACCUAUUCAAUUGAGAAGAAUAAACGUAAAAAGAAAAAGAACAAAAAAACACAAAAGUCUUCUUCAGAAGAAGAAGAAGCUAGUUUACAAUCGGAACAAGAAAGUAAAUUACUCGAACCAAGUGAAGGUUGUGCUAUUGAAGAAAUUUCUGAACAAGUUCUUCCUCAACAAUACGAAAUUGAAGAGACGGAAGACGAAAUUCCUCGUGGUUCUCAAAUAUCUCGACUCGAUUUUGAAGUUGUCACCGCAGUGAAAACACCGCCCGAUGAAAUAAUUCAUCAUUCAAAAUCACCACCGUCCGAAAAUCCAUCAGAGAAAACGUAUUCCAUUGAAGUAAGUAAGGAAACAAAAGAAGAGAAUAAGAAAUCUGAUGAUGAGAUCCAAAGUGAACCGGACGAACAACCAUCGAUAGAAAAUAUAGUACUGGUUGAAGAUAUUGUGAUAGUUGAAACAAAACCUACAGAAUGUACUAAGCGUGAGGAGAAUGUUACUGUCGUUGAUUCAACCCAUGAGACGUUGAUUCAGCCAGAGCCAAUUGACCCCGUGAUUGUAAUAGAAAAGUGCGAUACUGACUCCCAAAGUAUUGAACCAAAAGACAAAGAACCUGCACCAAAGCCAACAUCUAAAAUUAUAGACGUACGAUCGGCAACACAACUUUUCAUCGAGCAUGAACUAAAUGUAUCAGAUGGCACCACAAGAACAGUGAAACUAAGAAUGUCGCCAAAAGAACCAUCGUCUCCAGGCAGCGUUACAGUUAAAAUGAAAUUGGAUUCAUCUGAACAACCAAAAUUGAAUGUUAAUUUAAUAGAAGAACGAUUACAAACAACGGAAUUAAUUGAACCAAUCGACCGUUCUGUGGCUGAAUCAACUGAAUUACACAUUAGUGAUGAUAAUACCAUAACGGAUGAAAUGGAAAUGCCAGAAAUCGAAGCUACACCAAUUCCAACAGACAAUUCCGGACAACUUAUGAUGAGUAAUGGGCAGGUAUUAAGUUCUGUUGAAUCAUACAAAUCCAUUUCAGACUUAGAGGCUCCAGUUAAAAUACUGGAAGAGAAUGUGAUAUCAACAUCAUCCAGCUCACCCAAACCUCUGGGAGUCGAAGUUAUUGUAGCUUCUCAAGUCUUGGAGGAACAAAAUACGAUGGAUGUUGAGCAACAAACCGAUCCAACAAACCAAAUUUUUGAUGUUGAACACAUAAUUGCCCAAAAAGAUGUCUGCUCAAGAUCGAUGCAAACCACUCCAGAAAAAGAAAAAGUAUUUGUUGAUGAAGAGCUUCAAACCACUCCGGUAAAAGAAGAGACAUUCACUGAUAUCGAAGUACAAACUAGCCCAGAUUUGAUAGUAUCCGACGUGAUUAUCGAUAACAUCAAUGAGGUUGAAAAAACUAAUGAAGAGGUACAAACUGAUGCAUUAGACGCAGAGAAAGUAGAACAAUCUAUGCAAGUCGACAUAUCAGUGCAAGACAAAAGUUUACAGACAUCGCCACGAGAUGAAUAUUUGAAGCCCCAGGACCAGAAUAUAUCAGCUAUCGAGAUAGUACCUCAUGUUGCCGAAAAUCUAGUACAAGAUAUUGUUCGUGGCAUACCGAUUAGUAUAACAACGGAAACACAGGGAACAACAACAGAAACCGUUAAAACCGAUGAAGGUAUUACUCAGACUACACCAAGAGACGAAGUAUCACCCAAAGAAGACGCUUCUAGCGGUAAUGUAUCAUUGGAGCCCUAUGAAAUCCACAUUCAAGCUUCAUUCAUCGUUCCCGACGAUGCAACGACAUCGAAUACUACCGAAAUUCAAAAAUCAUAUGUAAUUGAUGAAACCCAACCAGGUUUAGUGCGCGAAAUUGAAUCAACAUCUCAGGAGAAAGUCAAAAAAUCAAAAUCGAAAAAGAAAAAGAAGAAAUCUCAAGCGGUUGAUACAGCAGAGCCAGGUCAAAGCACUGUUGUUGAACAAGCUUCAACAGUUGAUAAUGAAAAAUUAGUCGGAAAAGUGGAUCAACCAGAACAAAAAGCGUUUGCCACAUUGAAAAUAACAAAAACAACAGUUUAUGAAACAUCAGAUUUGCUAACAAGAGUGCGUCGUCCCCAUGGUUCCUCCGUAACAAUUGAAGAGGUAGUCUCGGAUGGAAAUGUCGACGUACCAUUUACACAAGGCGUUGAAUUUGAUGACCGUAACGAAGCGGAAAAAGCGGCUGUUGAGCCCACAAGCGUGGAUGAUAUAAAAUGGCAAUAUACAAACCAGGUCAUUUCUGAUCGUAUUAAAAAUACACAAAAUGUUCAAAAUGCACACUUAAGCAACGUAUUACACCUAACAUCGUUGAGUGAAACUGUAACUCCAGAAUCAAUUGGGCAACACGUUGUGUCGAUUGACAAUAAUUUAUCCAAGUUAAAUGAUGCAGCUGAAACAAGGAAUACUGUGGCUAUACACGAAACUGUGAUACACAUAAUUGAAGAGAUAUCGACAUGGCUUGAGAAAAUUGAAUACCGCAUUUAUUUGAAUCGUCAAAAUUCGAGUGAAGGACCAAGUGAAGAGAAAGUACAAGAGCAUAAUAAACUCCUUGGUGAACUGGGUGAAAUUUCAUCUGUCAUAAACAGUCUUAAUAAACAACUCGAAAAAACAGUUGAAAUAAAUGAGCCAACCGAACAAAUUCAAAUGAAAAACUGCUUAGGCAAUUUGAAGAGCCAAUUAAAUGCUGUUUCUAAUGUUACAAAAGAAAGCAGUAACGAAGUUCAUUAUGAUUUGCAUCGCAUGAACGAAUUCAUUUUGAUAAUUGAAUCGAUACAUAUGAAAAUCUAUGACUUACAAAAUCAAUUUGAAGCCACUAAGGCCGAAGAUAACUCUCCAAUUGGCAAACGAUUAGAAAAUUUGGACAACAUUGAUCUUCUGCUAGGGACUCAAAUAGAUGAAAUUACCAAUGCCAUGCAGAGGGCACGCGGAAUAUUACGUGAUUUUCCAAGUCGUCCGAUGCCGGUCGAUGUCUAUGCAUUGUAUGAAAAUGCAAGAAACUUGGAGAAUUCGAUUGCACUUGAAAAAACACGACUACUGCAAUUGCAAGAUCUUUCCGAAGAGUAUGUACAAACUCUCCACCAAUUCUCUCAAAUAAUUGUACUGACGGAAUCACUCGUGGAUCAGCCAAUAAAUGCCAGCAGCUUGGAGGAAUUGCAACAAGAAAUGCAGAAGCAUCGUAAAUGCUUUGUCAAUUUAAGUCAUUGCCGAAUGAUUUUGCAAUCAUUAGGCGAGAAUAUCGACAGUGAAACGCGAAAACAACAUAAUACAUUGCACACAUCGUUGACAGACAAAGCCGCGCAAAUAUUAGAGAAAGCAUCUGAGCGAGCACAACGCAUUUCUUUAGCCGCGUCGCGUUGGACAGUACUUGAAAAAGGCCUUACAGACGAAAAACAAUGGUUAACUGUAGCACAGCAACGCGUUCCAGAUUUAUCAGAAGUUUCAACUGUUGAUCAUGAACGGUAUAUUACCAUGUAUAGAUCAAUAUGCUCAGACAUCAACCAACAUCAUGCACGUAUUGUGCAUUUAACCAAUUUGGCUACCCAACUACAAGAUUCAGUCAGCACUCCAACAUUGCAGGAGGAAGCCAACGAUUGCUUGGCAACAUGCCUAAAAUUGAGAGAAGAUCUAUCGAUAUAUCUAAAACGCUUGAUAAUGUUCCGUGAUACCUGGACGAUAUAUGAAACAUCAACUGAUCGCCUCGAAAAUUGGAUGCUGCGAACGGAACGUGAACUUGCUCAAAUUGAAAUACCGGCUAAUCUACGAUUACAGCCAAGCGAAAAUACACGACACUUCUGGGAAAUUCGUGUGCACUAUGAAGUAAAUAAUAAAGUUCGAAAACAAAUUGGAAAUUCAUUGGAGCGAUCAAUCGAAAUUCUUCCGGUGCGUGAUGAAUUACUGCAACGCCAAUUUCAUCAACAGCUAGAAGAAAGAUGGGCAAAUAUUACCCGGAAAAUUGAAGCCAUUCAAAAUAUUAUCGUUACCAGUUUGUUCGACCAAAAUAUUCCAAUCGAUGAGAAAUUGGAAAUUUUGCGAAGAGAACUGCAUGAAGUGGAGCUAUUAACGUCAUCUGUGAAAACAAUUAUCAAAAACGAAGAGGAGCUGAACGUAUACAUCGAACGGAUGCAAGUUCUGAACAAUCGUUUGAGUAUAGCGUUCAAUGAAUUGGGACGUUUAAGUUUGUUGCCAUCACACGAUCCCGAGAAAAUUGGUGAAAUUUUCGCAUUAGCCCAUAAUAUCAGUACUCCAGUUGCUAAAGAAAUAGAAAAUGCACAAAAUCUGAAAGAAAUACUGAUUGCACUCCAGAAUGGAAUAAAGAAAUUGCGACAAGCACAGCAAAGCAACGAGUUAAUCUUAGAAUCUUGUGAAUCUCGUGAAAAACUCAGUAGCGAUCAAGUUGAAUUGGCAAUUGUUGAUGCAGAGCACUUAACGAACGAAUUAAGUAAUCAAUGGCAAGGAAAUAUGCGUUUACGGCAAAUCCUCCACACAUUGCCAAUGCAACUCAAAGUAUCUAUGUCACCAAUUAAACUGGAACGCGAUCUAUCUCAGCUACAAGAUAAACAUCAUGAACAAGAAUCUCAUUGCGCGCACAUAUUAAACCUACUGAGAAAUCGUUUAGCUUUAUGGCGAAGAUUCGAGCGGCAAUUGGAAAUUGUGCAGCAAACCAACAACGAAAACGAAUUUAUGAUUGAUCUUUUGAAGCUUAACGGUCAAAUGGAUUACGAUCGAUUAAAAAGAACUACAGAACGAUUAGAGGCAUUUACGAAUAAUGUCAAUGAAAAACAAUUGGAAGAAUUGCAAGUAUCAGCCAAAGUUUUGAUUGAAACGUCUAGCCCGGACGUUGUACAGAAAAUUAAUGAAUCAGUUCAAGUAGCCGAGAGUGAAUGGAAAAACACCAACGAUAGUAUACGAAAUCUGCGAGAUAAAUACGACCGAGCUCUUGAUUUGUGGCAAAAAUAUCGUAACAGCAGUGAUGCAAUCAAAAACUGGGCAGCCGACCGACUGGGUACGAUCAACGUAAUGAAACCACUAGAUGCAAUAGCAAUCGAGGCUUGUAAGAAAGACUUGCUGGAACAUACCGAACAAGUGGAGAAUCUUCGUAAAAUGGCAUUUGAAAUAGCAACAGAGAUGGAGUUGAAUACAUCUGAUAACAAUCUACUUCAAGACGAAGUAGAAGAGUUGGGUUCUCGGCUAGAAAAAGUGCGUCAAUCUAUUUCACUUUUGGCUGAUAUUGCAGAUGCUCGCAGCAAUAACGAAACGGAGUGUAAAAAAAACAUUCAAGAUGUCAAAGAAAAUUUGAGUGAAAUGAAAGCCGCAAUCGAUCAGCCGGAAGAGACUGAGUUUGAGCAACGAUUAAUUACGCUCCGUUCGCAAUUAUUGGCACUGGGUCGUACAGAAGGGCAGUUGAAUGAACUAAGAAAUCGGGUGGCUGACAGUACAUCAGAGACAGAACUAUCAAUAAUUGAAGUGUUAGAAUUGUGGCAACAAAUAUUCCGUGACACAUUCCAACAAUACCAUCGUUUGUCAACACGAUUAGUACAAAGCGAAAACAGAGAAUCUGCAUUGAAUUUGUGGCAUGAUUAUUUAAUGCACGUACAAUUAUUUCUGUCAGAAGCGCUUCCCGACAAUUACGGCUAUCUAAACGAAUAUCGAAAUUUAUGCGAAAUUCAUCAAAACGUGCUGACUAGUCAACAGGCAAUUUUGUCCGGCAAUAUCGAUCCGGGUUUGAAUGAAAAAUUCCAACAGUUGUCAACGUUACACAAUGAAACAUUGUUGCGGAUAAUUGAUCGUCAUGCUGAAAUCGAGCUAAGACUGAAGCUAUGGAACAAAUAUAAAAAUGAUCAAAGCAAUUUGUUGUUAUGGCUUAAAGAAAAGGAGCGUGAAAAGUCACGCUUACAGCUUCGGUAUAUUCAUUUGCAACGGAUUCCGCACAUUUUACAAGUUAUUCAAAAUAUGUUGGUGCAAAUGGAACAAGCUCAAAGUGAUUGCACCAAUUUAAGGUCGGAACAAGCUCAAAUUAUUCAAUUCAGCAACGACAGUGCCAUGAUUACAUCGAUGCGAAUGGAGAUCGGUGCCAUUUCACAACGUAUAGAAAAUCUAAGAGCUUCACUGGAGACUUGGAGAGACUUUCUACAUAGAAUAUCCAAUUUGUCCGCCACAUACAAUCAAAAAGUCAAUGAGUUGCAAGCACAAUUUCAACAAUCGCAAAAUGUUAUUUGCAUAACGACACGAGCAACACCACAAAAUGUGAAUCAAAUCGGGAAAACAUUAGAUGAACUGAGAGGCCAGAGAGUUCUGAUUAGUAACUUAACACCAGAAUUGGAAUCCAUUACAGUUAUUCAAGAGGAACUUAAAGAAAUUGUGGACACAAGUAAUAUAAAGGCAAUUAGACGCACGACUCAUACAUUGUGGCAACAACAGGCUGAUCUGGACUCGCAAUUAACUUCAUUAAUAACAAACAUUGAUGAUCGUUUGAACAUAUCCGAUACAUUCGCCAAAAAAUACGAUCGAUUCAUGCAAUGGAUAGAUGAAACAGAGCGUCGAUUAUUCGAUGAGUCAUGUUGUAUUCUAUAUGAUUCCGAAGAGCUACUGAGACGUCUUGAAACAGAUUUGCGAUCCGAAUUUGCAUUGAGAGAACGUGAGAAAGAUUGGUUGUUGUCAACGGGUCGUGAAUUGUUGACAUUUUAUGGAACAUCAAAUGAAAACGACAAACAUCAUCGUGUCGAAAUUAAGAAGAAACUUGACAUUACUGUAGAUCGAUGGGAAAAACUGAGAUCCAUUUCCAAGACGAGAUCGAACAAAAUUCAAGAGCUAAAAAUGACGAUAAUUCGAAUAGAAGAUAGAAUUGCUGCGGUUCGUGCCGUGUUGCACAAUUUCGAUGUCAAAUUAAAUAAACCGAUAGUUUUUGAUUCGUCAGAAGACAAAGCACUUGAAAAAGUUGUCCAAGAAAACGAUGCAAUUCAGCGAUCAAUUGAAAAAGAGAGUGGAGGAGUCGGUGAGGUGCUGAACUUGUGUGAAAUGGUUUUGAGUGAUGUGGACACAUGGAAAUCGCACAUUGACACCAAUGCACUAUCAACAGCCAUCGAAACCUUAGACCAUCGGUGGAAACAUGUCUGUAAUGCAUCAGUUGAGCGAAAACAAAAAAUUCAUGCAAUCUGGUCGUUAUUGUCGGAGUCUCUCUCGUUAGCAAAUGAAUUAGAUGCAUGGACCAUUGACCAAAAAAAUGAUUUAGAUGAAUUAGAGAAGGAUAUCGAUAAACUCACAAAAGAUCAAGUGGAACAACGGAUUGGUGCUCUUGAAAAUAAAAUCAGAGAAAUUGAAUAUCAUCAGCCACAGUUUGAAUGUUUGUCCCAAUCCUAUUCUAAAUUAGUCAAAUGCCAUGGAAUCGAUCCCUCCAACAUUCAAGAACUGGCCAAUCGAUGCAAACAGGUACUAGGCCGCUUUGAAACACUAACACCACGAACUCUCGAUAUUAUCGGUGAACUUAAUAACGAUAUGAAAUUACAUCAAAAGUUCAUUAAUUUACAUGGAAAAUCGGUUGUGACGCUCACUCGCCUUGAUGCCGAGUUAACGAAAACAGAGCAUCUCACAAAAACGAAACCAGAAGAGAAGCUGCAAUCAAUUCAAGUAUUAGAACACGAGUUGAAGCUUUGUGAAAGUGACCUUACAUCUGCGGAUGAAUUGGGUUUGGUAAUAAUGCAAAAAUCUGACCAGAAUGGCGUAGACGAAAUUCAGGCAAUGAUCGAUGAAUACCAGUUACUUUGGACAGAUGUCACCACCAGAAUUGCAUUAAUGAAAACCAAAUUGACAACUACAAUCACUCAAGAGAAACAAAAUUAUCGAUCGGAAACUGAUUCAGCGGUACAAGUUAACACUCUACCUCUCUCUACUCUACCAUCAUUAAAUCGAACCACAUCAAUCACCCCAAAGGACGCAUACGAACAUGAACUUCAGGCUGCACUCAAAGAGUGUCGAGAAUAUUUAGAUCAAUUGGAAAUGGAGGUCAAUAAUUCCGCCAGGAAACCCGGCUCACAAGUUGUUCAGAAACUAUGCUCGAAUUGUCAGUCAUCCGUUGAACUAUUACAUCAUUUGAGUAACAUCCUAAUUACGGAAUGUUUCUGCUCAGACGAAGAGGCUUCAGUAUCAGAUAUUGGCGAUGCAACUUCGCGAUAUGAAACACUGCUAACGAUAUGGAAGUCAAAAGAACGACAACUCGAAAACAGGUCAUUUACCGCCUCUUACAUUUUUAACUGCCCGCAUGAGAGUGGACGUUUAACGUGCCCCUUAUGUUCUGAACGCAACUGGAGCCAGAUCGAUAAUGAUCUCUGGAGACUGGAACAAUGGCUUCAAUUUGCAGAAGGAACACAGAAGUUACAAACAUCGCCGCCAAGUAACAUCGAAGCACUUGAGGAUGUUAUUACUGACCAUCGCGAAUUUCUGCUGGAUUUGGAAAGUCACAAGUCGAUUGUUAAGUCACUAAAUGUUGUAGGAGAUCAUCUUGUCACCCAUACGCUCGAUACUGAGAGAGCAAAACAAUUGCGUGAGCGACUACAAACCGACAAUAGCCGAUGGGAAAAUAUCUGUAAACGUACAACAAAAUGGCAAUCUAGCCUUCAAACAGCAUUAAUGAGCAACACUCAGUUUCAUCAAAUCAUCGAUGAGCUAUGUGAAUGGCUAGAGCAUACUGAAUCAAUCAUCCACGCAUCCGAGCCAGUUGACUUGACUGUAGACAGAAGUAUUUUGGAAGCGAAAUUCACUAAAUUCCGUGAACUACGCAAUGAGCUAGAAAGAUGUGAGCCACGUGUGAUUGGCCUUCAGGAAGCUGCCGAUCAAAUCCUCAAAUCAGAUGAAUCUCAAUCAUUUGUUUACAACAGAUUGACCGAUCUGCGACUGCGUUUACAAUCUUUACGAAGAUUAACCGGAGUGUAUAUCGUAAAAUUGGGUGCAGUGCUUGGAUAUGAUUCAAGUCACUUGGGUAUUACCUUGACGAAUACGGCCACUGGAACCACCCCCCUACACGUAUUAUCACAAGAGCUGUUGGAGCAUACUGGUACCUACCAUUCUCCGUCACAAAUGGCCAUCGCACAUUCCACUGAUAGCUAUAUUAAUGCAAACGGCAACGAAAGAACAGAAGAAAUCAACACCACAGUCUUGUCUCGCGGCUAUCGCUUUAUGGGUCGCGUACUUCGUGCUUCACUGCCCAUUCAAGCGCUGAUGCUACUCUUCUUGGGUUUUGCCACACUUGUGCCCCACGGUGAUGAGUAUUCCUGCAUUUUCAGUAACAAUUUCGCAUACAGUCUAGAACCAAUGCUGCGACAUCAACAACCGCCCCCAAUAUAGAACAAUCAGAAAAAAAAACGAACAAAAACAAUGUAUUCGUAAAAAAUACACAUGUAUCAGCCUUAUGCAAGAGUUUAAGGAAAAUUAUUCAUUUUUUACACGACGUCGAUGCAACACAAAUAAAGUGUGUAAACUAAAACGAAAAACAAAAUUUCACAAAUAUCAAAAGAAAAGACAUUCGAAACUAAUAGACUUUGAUUGGUUAUCUCCCAAGCUAAUCAAAAUCUAUUAAUAAUAUUAAAUUUUUUUACGAAAAGCAACGUUUUCACCUAUCCCAAAAACCGUUAAAAAGAAAUGUAAUAUAAUGAAUAAUAAACAUAAAUAAUUGAAAGUAUUAA